GGCAUCAGGUGGACAGGUGCUGCCAGGAUGUUCCAAGGCACCUGCUGUGUGCUCCUGCUCUGGGGGCUUGUGGGGAUACUCCACGCCCAGCAGCAGGGGAUCACGUUUCCCAUUGUCUCCGAUAGAAACAAUAACUGCCCAGAGAAGACCGACUGCCCCAUCAACGUGUACUUCGUGCUGGACACCUCGGAGAGCAUCACCAUGCAGUCGCCCACUGACAGCCUGCUCUACCACAUGCAGCAGUUCGUGCCAGAGCUCAUCAGCCAGCUGCAGGAUGCCUUCUACCUUGACCAGGUGGCCCUGAGCUGGCGCUACGGUGGCCUGCACUUCUCUGACCAGGUGGAGGUGUUCAGCCCGCCAGGCAGUGACCGCGGCUCCUUCACCAAGGCGCUGCAGGGCAUCCGCUCCUUCCGCCGUGGUACCUUCACUGACUGCGCACUGGCCAACAUGACGCAGCAGGUGCGGCAGCACGGCACCAAGGGCGUGGUCAACUUCGCUGUGGUCAUCACCGACGGCCACGUCACCGGCAGCCCCUGUGGGGGAAUCAAGAUGCAGGCUGAGCGGGCUCGAGAGGAGGGCAUCCGGCUCUUCGCUGUGGCCCCUAACCCCAACCUGAAUGAGCAGGGUCUGCGGGACAUUGCCAGCUCACCACACGAGCUGUACCGCAACAACUAUGCCACCAUGAGGCCUGGCACCACUGACAUCAAUGAGGAUACCAUCAACCGCAUCAUCAAGGUCAUGAAACAUGAAGCUUACGGUGAGUGUUACAAGGUGAGCUGCCUGGAGAUCGCUGGGCCGCCUGGCCCCAAGGGCUACCGGGGACAGAAGGGUGCCAAGGGCAACAUGGGUGAGCCAGGAGAGCCUGGACAGAAGGGGCGACAGGGAGAUCCAGGCAUUGAAGGCCCCAUUGGAUUCCCAGGACCUAAGGGUGUUCCUGGCUUCAAAGGAGAGAAGGGCGAAUUUGGAGCUGAUGGUCGGAAGGGGUCCUCCGGCCUUGCCGGCAAGAACGGGACUGACGGACAGAAGGGCAAACUGGGGCGCAUCGGGCCUCCUGGCUGCAAGGGUGACCCUGGGAACCGGGGCCCUGAUGGCUACCCAGGGGAUGCAGGCAGUCCUGGGGAGCAAGGAGACCAAGGUGCCAAGGGGGACGCCGGCCGCCCAGGACGCAGAGGACCCCCAGGAGAAAGUGGGGCCAAAGGCAGCAAGGGAUAUCAAGGCAACAAUGGUGCCCCAGGGAGUCCCGGCGUGAAAGGAGCCAAGGGCGGGCCGGGGCCCCGAGGACCCAAAGGCGAGCCUGGACGCAGAGGAGACCCCGGAGCCAAGGGCAGCCCUGGGAAUGAUGGCCCCCAGGGGGAGAAGGGGGACCCUGGCCCUGAGGGGCCCCGGGGCCUGGCUGGAGAGGUUGGCAACAAAGGAGCCAAGGGGGACCGCGGCCUGCCGGGACCCAGAGGCCCUCAGGGGGCUCUCGGGGAGCCAGGGAAGCAGGGAUCUCGGGGAGACCCUGGUGACGCUGGGCCCCGUGGAGAGCCAGGAUCACCUGGCCCCAAGGGAGACCCCGGCCGGCCCGGAUUCAGUUACCCAGGACCCCGAGGAGCGCCUGGAGAAAAAGGGGAGCCCGGCCCGCCUGGCCCCGAGGGAGGCAGAGGAGACUUUGGCCUGAAAGGAGCCCCUGGGAGGAAAGGAGAGAAGGGCGAACCUGCAGACCCUGGUCCCCCUGGUGAGCCGGGCCCUCGGGGGCCAAGAGGAGUCCCAGGACCUGAGGGUGAGCCUGGCCCCCCCGGAGACCCUGGUCUCACGGAGUGUGACGUCAUGACCUACGUGAGGGAGACGUGUGGGUGCUGUGACUGUGAGAAGCGCUGUGGUGCCCUGGACGUGGUGUUUGUCAUCGAUAGCUCUGAGAGUAUCGGCUACACCAACUUCACUCUGGAGAAGAACUUCGUCAUCAACGUGGUCAACCGGCUGGGCGCUAUUGCCAAGGACCCCAAGUCAGAGACAGGUACUCGUGUGGGCGUGGUGCAGUACAGCCAUGAAGGCACAUUCGAGGCCAUCCAGCUAGAUGACGAGCGCAUCAACUCACUGUCCAGCUUCAAGGAGGCUGUCAAGAACCUCGAGUGGAUUGCCGGUGGCACCUGGACACCCUCAGCCCUCAAGUUCGCCUACAACCAGCUCAUCAAGGAGAGCCGGCGGCAGAAGACCCGCGUGUUCGCGGUGGUCAUCACGGACGGGCGUCACGACCCACGGGAUGAUGACCUAAACCUGCGGGCGCUGUGCAAUGACGACGCUGUCACAGUCACAGCCAUUGGCAUCGGUGACAUGUUCCACGAGCAACACGAGAGUGAGAACCUCAACUCCAUUGCCUGCAACAAGCCCCAGCAGGUGCGCAACAUGACGCUUUUCUCCGACCUGGUGGCCGAGAAGUUCAUCGAUGACAUGGAGGACAUCCUGUGCCCGGAUCCCCAGAUUGUCUGCCCUGACCUUCCUUGCCAAACAGAUGGACCUCAUCCUAGCGGGGCACCCCAGGUCACCUUCCUCCGCACGGAAGAGGGGCCCGACACCACCUUCCCCCGGACCAUCCCCCUGAUCCGACAGUUGCUAAACGACACGGAGUCCACGCACGACCCUGCUGCCUAUUCCAGGCUGGUGGCCGUACUGGUCUACACUGCCGAGCGGGCCAAGUUUGCCACAGGGGUCGAGCGGCAGGACUGGAUGGAGCUGUUCAUUGACACCUUUAAGCUGGUGCACAGGGACAUCGUGGGGGACCCUGAGACUGCGCUGGCACUCUGCUGAAGCCAGGGCUGCCCACCCAUGUGCACAGAUGGCCAGACUGACCCCAACCCAAAUUAGUAUCCUGCAGCAGCUCUGACCCAUUACCACACACUGGGUAGCUGGGACAACAGAAACAUUCUCUCACAAUCUGCAGGCCGCCAGUCCAAAUUCAGGGUGUGGGCAGGGCCUUGUUCCCUCUGGAGGCUCUGGGGCAGAUCUGUCCUUGUCUCUUCCAGCUUCUAGUGGCCUCAGGCGUCCCUUGGCUUGUGGUUGCCUCAUUCCUAUCUCUGCAUCUUGUGAUGUGUUCUGCCUCUCUGUGUUCUCCCUUUGCACCUUCUUAUGGGGACACUUGUCAUUGCAUUUAGGGCCCACCCCGAUAAACCAAGAUAAUUUCCCAUCUCAAGAGCCUUAAUGUAAUCACAUCUGCAAAGUCCUUUUUUCCAUGUAAGGUUCCAUUCACAGGUCCCAGGAAUUAAGACGUGCCUUUUUGCGGGGGACUAUUCUUUUUUUUUUUUUUUUUUUUUUUAUUCUUUAGCUGACCACAACCCCCCAGCCUAGUAAGCUGCUUCACAUGCUUGGAGGCUGCAGGCAAAAGAGGAACACAGUCCAGAGUGCUUGGGAGUGUACCUACCCAGGCUCUGGCCGAGCCUCAAGAUGACCUGGCUGUUGCAUUGGCCUUGAUUCCACGUGCUGUUUACACACAGGGACAGUCCCCAGGGCACGUGUGAGGAGUCACCUCAGGGCCAGGCAUUUUCGAGGCCAGCUGUACAGCGGUUCAUCUUCAUGGGGACCUGAUGACCCAGACUGUGUCCUCACACCCUGGCAUCUGGGUCUCCAGAGGCUCUGUUGGUGUGUGUGGCCUGUCCCCAGAGGUGUAGGGUUCCUCCUUGUCCUCCCUCCCACCUGCGGGUUCCAUGAGGAGCCACCCAGAGGGACAAGGCAUCCUCCCCUUGAGCGAGACUCAGACGUGGCACACCCCAUCCCUGUGGUCCCUUUCCUCCCACCAGAAGCCAGAUUAAGCAUGACUUCUGGGGCAGGAUGUCCCCCUCCCCCUGCACAAGGUGGGCUGGGCUAGAGUGUGAGUGAGGACCCCAAUGUAGGGUUAGAGGCAGGAGAAAGAGAUGGGAAAGAGAGCAGAGGGUAGCUUUAAGCACAGCCUCUCUGGGUCCCCACCAGCACCUCCCAUACCCUCCCCCCACCCCCCGCCCUGUGUAAUGUCAACCUACUGGGGAAAUGCCCCACAGGCCCGGCCCUCGCUCCAUGACUGGGUGUCUGCAGUGACCAUGAGGAAAUGUUUAUUAUUGUGAUGGAACUUGGAAGUCCAGCAGUGCACAGAGAACUCACUAGGAGGUGUGGCAUCCUAAGCCAGUCUUAAGCCAGUCUCAGCCACAUGCUUGGAAAGUUGCCCUUGGUUGGCGUGGCCGCCAGAAUAAGUUCCUGUUGUCAAUAAGCUCAUUAAAGAGUCCUGUCUACAGCAA